AUGUCAAAGGAGUGUGACUUCUUCUCGGACUCAUAUGGCUGCAUCGUAACCAAGUCUAUUGGGUAUCAGGCCCCUUUCCCUCUCGUGCGGCUAAGCAACGGCCAAUCGACAAGGACCCCUGACGGAGCAUAUGUGCAGGGGUCAUGCUUCGUUUCGUUUGGUGCUGACCAGACAACUUCACGGGGUCGUCUUCUCACCUUGGAUGUGUCGGUACGUUCUUCGAGCGUUUCUUUUCUGCAGCUGCUCUCCAGUUCGUGCCCGCCGUUGGUUCUCGAUCCAGACGUCGACUACGUCUCGAAGAUCGAGGCAAUAGAGACAGCCUUCGCAGUAGUGACUCGUGGCAGAGGAAAUCGGUGGAGCACGUCUGUGUAUGUACAAGGGGACGGCGAGCAAGUUACGGCGUGCCCUCGACGGGCGCACUUUCGCCGCACUUCCGCCGUGUCUCUCCUUGGCUCCGCCGUGUGGCUAGUGGAGGCGGCGAAGUACGACCCUGGCACUCACGCGGUACACCGAUAUUCACUUGCGACGGCCCUCGCAGGUGGGGUGUCUGAGUCAACGCUUGUGAGCGGUGACCUAGGUCGCCCGCUUGACGUCAUAGCCUUCUCCGAGGACAGUGCCCUUGUUCUAAGCACCAAGGGCGUUGCGUUGACUGAUCGACGACAGCGCGCCUCUGACAUCCUCUUCUUUUCUGCUUUGUUGAAUGGUGGUGUGACAGGCGACAGACAGCUGCUAACCUUUGAUGAAGACUACACACUGCGUGCCUACGACCUACGUGAUGUAUCAGCUCCCCUGUGCGAGGCAACAUCGGCAUCCUAUCUGCGCAUCAAAUCAGCGAUUGGCACACGGGCAUCACUUUUGGUGGCGUCUGAUAUGACUGGCGUUUUUGACGUGUUGCACAUGACCACCAUAGCAGCCUUGCAACACUCUGGCGACACGGUACUGGAUGCGGCUGUCCUUCCUAGCCGACACAACGGGGUCCGCGUAUGCACGAGCACCGGAAGUGGGAUGGUAUACGAUUGGACGGUAGUAUAA